AUGGAUCAAAACCAUUGGAUAUAAAAGUCUUCUGUUUAAGAAUUUGGAAUUGAUAAAAAUGUUUAGUAACAACAACUUUAAGGAUAACCACCAGCCUCUUUAAUAAGAAGAGUGUCCAAACGUAAUAUUGGUAUUAGACCUACUCAGGAGAGUGGAAUAGCUUAAAUAUUUGAAACCUUUCAUCCUGAAUAAAAAACAUAAAGUCUUGAUGAUAUCAAAUUCAUCAUUAAAUGCUUUUAAAGUCAUUUCGUAUUUAGCUCAAUGACUGAUACAUAAUUGUAAAAUAUUAUGUUAACUUUAGAACACAAUUAGCACAUAGUAUGUUCUAUUGCAAAUUAUAAGUGGGAGAAACCAUUAUCAAAUAAGGGGAUGGAGCAAGCUCAUUCUUUAUUCUUGAGAAAGGAAAAAUAAAUGUUUUAGUGGAUAAUGUACCACGUAAAGAAUUAACAUCAGGAUUUGGAUUUGGUGAAUUAGCAUUAUUAUACAAUGCUCCUAGAUCAGCUACAUGUAUGGCAGUUGAAGAAUGUUAUCUAUGGGGAAUUGAUAGGCAUACUUUUAGAAAGAGUGUAGAAACCAUUAUGAGAAGUGAAUAAGAGAAAAAUAGAAAAUAUUUAGAGAGUGUUAAAUUUUUUAGUAAUUAUAUGAGUUUAAUUUAUAGAUUAAUUAACAAGAGAAUAGAAGGAUGCUGUAGCUGGAGUUUUGAUAUCAUAAAAAUUUAAUUAGGGAGAAAUUAUAGUAAAUGAAGGAGAUUAAGCAAGUUCAUUUUACAUCAUAGUAGAGGGUUAAUGUGGAGUUUUUAAUAAAGAUAGUUAAUAAAUAGCAGUUUUGAAUCCUAGUGAUUCUUUUGGAGAAUCAGCACUCAAAUAAGAGAAUUAAGUUAGAAUGAUGACCAUUAAAGCAAUUUAAAAAGAUACAAAAGUGUUAGCUUUAGGAAAAGAUAUGAUAUAAUAAAUCUUAGGUGAUUAAGUAUAAUCUAUUAUUUACAAAAAUAUAUGCAAAUGGGCUUUAAAUUCAUCUAAAUUAUUUAGCAAAACUUAAUCAACAUAUCAAGAUAAAUUACUUGAAGGAGUAUAAAUUAAGAAAUUAGCUGCAAAUUCUAAAGUUAUUACAAAGGGAGAUAAAGUUGGAUAAUUAGUAAUUCUUCUUGAUGUUGAUGCUAUUGAUGAAAAUAAAUAAAAGGUUCUUAAGGGAACAAUUCUAGUUGAAGAUACAUUAUAAGAUAAAUUAUAAGGAACAUCUCAUGUGAAAACAUAUACAAUAGAAAUAGAAGGACAUGUUGCCAUUAUAGAUUAUGAAUCAUUCAGAAUAGCUUAAGGAAGUGUUGAGAAAAUUUAAUAAGGGAAAGCUUAGUAAUCUGAAAAAGCAAAUGCUUAUGAAGAAUAGAUCAAAAGUUAACCAUUUAAGAAUUUAAUAUAUUUAAAUAAAUUAGGAUCUGGUUAAUUUGGUUCUGUUUAUUUAUGUAAAUUUAAGGAAUUAGAAACUCUAUUUGCUCUCAAAUAUGUUACAAGAGCACAUGUUUAAUAAUUUGGAAUAUAAAAACAUAUUUAAUAAGAAAAAGCUGUAUUAGAAUUGAUGGAUCAUCCAUUCAUUCUUAAGUUUUAUAGAUCUUAUAAAGACAAUGAAAAUAUUUAUUUCUUAACUGAGUAUAUUCCAGGAAUGGAAUUAUUUGAUGCUAUCAGAGUUAUUGGUAAUAUUAUUAAAUUGAUUAUUCAUUAGGAUUAUUGAGUAAAUAUGAUGCACAAUUCUAUGCUUCAUAAAUGUUAUUAUAAAUGGAAUAUUUACAUACUUAACACAGUAUUGUUUAUAGAGAUAUUAAACCAGAAAAUAUAAUGGUUGAUGAUAAGGGAUAUUUAAAAUUAAUUGACAUGGGUACAGCUAAAUCAUUUAAAAAUUAAUGUAUUAAAUACUAUCCAAUUAUUUAUUUAGAAUCUUCAAAGACUUUCACUAUUAUUGGAACACCUCAUUAUAUGGCACCAGAAGUCAUUUCAGGAAAAGGUUAUGGUUAUUUUGCAGAUCUAUGGAGUGUGGGAGUUUGUGUUUAUGAAUUUAUAUGUGGUGGUUUACCUUUUGGAGAAGAAGCAGAAGAUCCAUUUGAAAUCUAUAAAGAAAUCAUUAAAAAGCCAAUCAGCUAUCCUCAUUUUAUGUCUGAUAAAUCAGCCAAACCCUUCAUUGAAUAAUUGAUGAAUAAAAUCCCAGAAGUUAGGUUAGGAGGAUCUUACACUACUUUGAAAUCUCAUACUUGGUUCAAAGAUUUUGAUUGGGUAAAUAUUCAUAUUAUUUAAAGGAAAAAUUAUUAAAUAAAUCACUUAAGGCUCCCUUAUAGCCUGGUAAGGAUAAAAUUAUGACUCCAGCAUAGAUUUAGACUGCCUUAUAGCGUGGAGUCUCAGUUCAUGAUUAAAUUUAAAAGGAUACUUAGGGAUAGAAGAAAGUAUUGGCAAGUGCUAAAGAUGCAGAAUGGGAUAGUGCAUUUUGAUUAGAAUUGAUAAUAUAAUAAC